CUUAUAGGUCUACAGCUCUUUGCUACGGCAGCAGUUGUUGGACGUACGGUGAAUGUUAAUGUUGGAUUUUUUUUAGCUGAGAAUUGUGCAAUUAAUACGUAGUCUGUAUCUAUUAAAUGCAGAUAUAGUCAUAAUAUUGUUGACGGUAAAAUUAAAUCAUAACUCAAGCCAUGAUUGUUACAUUAAAAACUCUUCAGGAAGAUACUUUUACCGUAGAAAUCGACCCUUCCCAAACGGUAAGGAAGUUUAAAGAGAAGAUUGAAAAGGUGAAGGGUCAUGAAUUUCCUGCAAAAAACAUGAAAUUAAUGUAUGCAGGAAAAUUUCUUGUUGAUAGUAAUAGAGUUUGUGAUUAUAAUGUUGAAGAAAAGAAAUUUGUGAUUGUUGUUGUGAAAAAGCCAAAGACUGUUGUCAAAGAAGAAGAGCCGGAGUCAAGUUCCAGUUCAUCUCGUGAAAGAAUUCCAUUCAUGAAUGGGAGAAGGGGCGGUAAUGAUCAGGAUUUUCUCUGUGCAAAUCAUGAGCAGUUGGUGCACCAUAUUACUGAAUUGGGUUUUAGCAGAAAUGAUGUUGAAGCUGCCUUGCGUGCCAGUUAUAAUAAUCCUGACAGAGCAGUUGAAUAUUUAAUCAGUGUAAGUAUCAGGACUUAGAAGAGAAGGGCUAGC